CUCCCGCACGCUCGCACGCGCACGAAGCACAUCAGGCGCACGAGCAGCGGCCACCCAAUAACCUAGCCACUGGCCGCCAGACGCCACCUCCUAGUCCGGCGGCGCCUCCCCGCCUCCUCGCCGUCGCCGCGUCCUCGCCGAGCGCCGCCUCCCCGCCGGACGCCGUCAUCAGCUGAGCGCCCGAGCCUGCACGAGGGGCGGGGCCACGGGGGGAGCCGGGAUGCGCCUGUCGGGGAGCUCGUCGCCCACGACGCCCAGGGCUCUCUGCAGGUCGCCGGAUCCACCGACUCCCCACUGGACGCCGGACGCCUCUCUAUAGGUCGCCGGUCGCCGGACACCAGAGUCCUGGUCCAGAGCAGAUCGAAAUAGGUUGUAUGUUGUCUCUGUCUGACUCUGUUUGAUUCUUCUUAGUUUAGUUGAUAGCAGUUGCUAGUUUAGUUAAUUCUAGUCAGUGCGUAGUUUGGUUCUAGUCAGUACUGGUUCUAGUAACAAUUAAUUCAUGAACUAAUUUAUGUCCUUGUUUAUUUUUUUAUAGAAAUGAAGAGAAAGAGGACUAUGCAUAGUUGGUUUGCAAGUAGUUCAAAUACACUUCCUAUUGUUCCUGAAUCCAAUGUUGCCCCAAUUAAUGUUAUUGUUCAGCCUACCCCCAUAGAGAACAUAAUCCCCGAUGAUCCAACAAACGAGAGCACUAAUCCCUCGGUUGAUGAGAGCACCAAUCCCACUUCAAAUGAGAGAACCAAUCCCCCAACCGAUGAGAGCACAAACCAACCAGCACCACCAACACAAUAUAUAUUAGAAUUUCAUCCAAGUCAGAUUUUUGGUGAUCCGGCGGAUCGAAUACCAAUAGAAGAUUAUGCCCCUAAAAUUCGAAGUGAAGUGAGAAGAGCUUAUUUGUUGAAAGAGCGAAACAAAGCAAGUGGGCAUAAAUUUGAAGUCACAUUGGACGGUAAAAUUUGGAGAUCUUUUCAACCACAAUGGCUAGAUAGGUUUGUUUGGUUGGAAUAUAGUGUCGCAAAGGAGGCUGCCUUUUGUUUCCCUUGUUUUCUUUUCAUGAAACCAUCACAUGCUGCUACAUUUGGAAAUGACGUAUUUACCAUAGAUGGUUACAAACGCUGGAAAACAGCUUUCGCAAGUUUUCAAAAACAUGUUGGUGGUCCAUCUAGUUACCACAACAUUGCUAGAGGCUCGUGUGAUGAUUUCAAGAAUCAAAGGGCCAAUGUGGCUACCAAAUUCCGAGCACAUACUAAAGAAUCUGAAAUAAAAUAUAAAAUCCGUUUGACUGCAUCAUUAGAUUGUGCAAGGUAUCUCAUAGCUCAAGGGGAAGCUUUUCGUGGACAUGAUGAGUCCUCCGAUUCCGUAAACAAAGGCAAUUUCACGGAGUUCUUGGAUUGGUACAAAGAUAAGAAUAAAGAUGUGAAAGAUGCAUUUGACAAUGGGCAAGGUAAUGCACUUAUGAUAUGUUCACAGAUUCAAAAGGACCUUGCUACAUGUUGUGCUUUGGAGGUAACCAAAGUCAUCAAGAAUGAGCUUGAAGAUAAGAAUUUUGUGAUACUUGUUCAUGAGGCUAGAGAUUGCUCAAUGAAGGAGCAAAUGGCAAUAAUUUUGAGAUUUUUGGAUGAUAGUGGGGAGCUUCAGGAGAGAUUUCUUGCUAUUAAGCACAUCACAGAUUGCACAUCUGCCGGAAUUAAAGAAGCAUUGUUUUAUGUCUCAAAGUACCAUGGCUUGUCUAAUAAUAGGCUACGUGGAUAGGGUUAUGAUGGGGCUUCAAACAUGAGAGGAGAAUUCAUUGGUUUGCAAAAGCUAAUUCGUGAUGAGAGUCCAUAUGCUUUCUAUGUUCACUGUUUUGCCAAUCAAUUGCAACUAGUGGUUGUCACAGUGGCUCAAUGUUGUCCGGUUAUUGCUGAUUUUUUCAACUGUCUUCCUUUGAUAGUGACUCCGGAGGGUUCAUCCUGCAAAAGAAAAGAUUCAUUGCUUGCAAAGCAUCAAGAUGACUUGAUAGAGAUGAUGGAGAAUUGUAAGAUAUCAUCUGGAACUGGUUUACAUUAAGAAACUAACCUAGCUAGACCAGGAGCUACUCGUUGGGGCUCACAUCUUAGAACCUUGCUUCGUGUUUACACAAUGUGGAAUGCAGUGGUGGAUGUGCUUGCAAUUGUGAUUGAGGAUGCCCAGGAACACACUUCUCAAGGUGGAGCUUCAGCUUGAAGCCAUGCGUUUGAUCUUGGAUGUGAAGAAGCUUUGCAAACUAUGAAGGACAAUGGGUAUGAGCCAUAUGCGAGCAAGCAAAAAACUUUUGUGAGGAACAUGGCAUUGACGUGCCAAAUAUGGAUGAUCUCGUUGGAGCUAUGGGGCAAUCUGCUCGAAGCAGGAAUAAGGUGACUCGAGAUCAUUAUUUCAGGGUGAGCAUAUUCAAUGUUGCGAUUGGUGCAACUCUCACUGAGAUGAACCACCGAUUCAAUGAAGUUAACACCGAGUUAGUGGAUUGCAUGUCUUGUCUCAAUCCAGCUAACAACUUCUCAAAGUUUAAUGAUGAGAAACUUAUUCGGCUUGCUAAAAUUUAUGUUGAAGAUUUUACACAAGCUGAACGGUUGUUGCUAAGAUACGAGCUUCCAACAUUCCUUACAAAUAUUAGGAGAAGUGAGGAAUUUAAUGGAUGUCCGGAUAUUUCUACUCUUGCUCGUUUGAUGGUUCAAACAAUGAAACAUAGAACUUUCCAAUUGGUAUAUCACCUUAUCGAGUUGACAUUGAUUCUUCCAGUGGCAACUUCGUCGGUCGAGCGAAUAUUUUCAGCAAUGAAGGUCAUCAAAACCGAUUUGCGCAAUAAGAUAUCAGAUGAUUGGCUCAAUGAUUUAAUGGUAUGCUACCGUGAGAAAAGGAUAUUCAAAAGUAUUCCACAUGAUCAAAUUAUGAUACGAUUUCAGAAAAAGAAAAAUCGCAAAUGACAUUUGCCUCCUGAGUAUGAUGUUAUUUCUUAGAGAUGGCUUGCAGUUUGUCACUUGCAUUUUGGUGUGGAGGAGAUCUACAACUACAAUAUUGUUAGUAUGAAGCAACACCAGUGUCUUGUCUUUGCCUUAUUUUGGUUGAUUCUCUAGUACUUGAUGUAUUGGUGUGCAGAUUGUAUGAAACUUUGCUGUUGGUCAAUCAUGCUACUAGUAUUUAUCUUGAGAAUCAUGUCCAUUUGAGCACUGUUUGGCA